AUGAUUCUUUCUAUACUUUUUCUGUGUUUUUUGCUCGUCCCCUCCGCGACACAGGCAAAGUAUCGAGUCAGAGUGGAAAAAGCGCCGUUGCUGAGGCACGCCCCACAAAAGUACGGGUUGAGGAGGUUCGAGCCGCAGAAUCAGUGAGUCUAGAGGCAUUCUAUUGUACAAUUGUGUGCAAUUAAUUGGUUUGUCAGAGUCCAACAUCAACACGUGGCAGACUUUCGCGACUUUGCCUACUUUGGAAACAUCUCCCUGGGCACGCCGGAACAGACGUUUUUGGUAGUUUUGGACACGGGCAGUUCGAAUGUGUGGGUGCCGGAUAACAGUUGCGGAGUCAAUGAUCAGUGAGUCUUAUAAGGGAGUAUCAAUGUACUCACAAUGUACUGUUUCAUCAACUUGUUCAAGGUUCAGAUUAUUCACUUAUUCACUCACCAGCAAACUAAAAUUAUCUCCUCCUUACUUUUUCAGUUUCUCCGCAUGCGCCCACAAGAACAAGUACAUCUCCUCGGAUUCGGGGUCCUAUGAAAAGGACGGUCGAAUGUUUCAAAUCAACUACGGGACCGGAAGUGCUUCCGGCUACUUUGGCAAGGAUACGCUUUGUGUGAGUAUUAUGAGAACGGGAUAUUGUGGAACUGAAGCAGUAUUCGAUUGUCUAGAAAGUUAUAUUUUCUAUUGCUACACAAAUUCCCAGUAAACAGCUUGUGAGAACAUAACGAAUCCGUGAAACGGGACUUUUUAGAAAUAGCAAAAAGUUGUCAAUUAACAAAUUGUUCAUUAAGAAAUGAUGUACAUUUUCUCAAUUAACCACUUUUUGAUAUCUCUAACAACAGCUGACAUAUACCGUAUUUCUAGAACAACAAUAUUUUCAAGUACAUUCCAGUUCUCGGAUACAACACUGUGCAUCAAAUCGCAAGUGUUCGGCCAGGCGACGCACCUCGCUCCGUUCUUCGCGCACCAGGAGAUCGACGGGAUCCUCGGCCUCGGGUUCACGGACCUCGCGGUCAAUCGGGCACCGCCUCCGUUCGUGAACGCCAUCGAACAGGGACUCGUCGACGAGCCGAUCUUCACCGUUUAUUUGGAGCAUCACGGGAUGAACCGGGCUGCGAGUGGCGGCUACUUCACUUAUGGCGGCGAGGAUCCGGACCACUGCGGCGAGAUUCUCACGUGGAUUCCGUUGACGAAGGCCGCCUAUUGGCAGUUCAAGUUGCAGGCGUGAGUCUGUUUUCGAAAGAAAGUGCCGAAUUCUCAAAUUUUGAUUCAGGGUUGGCAUCGAUAAUAUCUCGGAGCACACGAGUGGCUGGGAAGUCAUUUCGGACACCGGAACCUCGUUCAUUGGUGGCCCUGGGACUGUGAUUCAGGCCAUCGCAAAGGUAACCAACCUGAAUGGAAUGACUAAAACAAAAACGUGUUCAGAAAUACGGAGCAUCGUACGAUGAAUUCAAUGAUUUGUACACUGUUCCGUGUGCCAAAGUGAAGAGUUUUCCGUCGUUGAAGCUGAAGAUUAACCAUUUGGAGUUUGAGAUUCAGGCCAUCAAUUUGGUCGCUCAUGUGAGUUAGGGUGAUGUACCUUCGAAACGGUAUAUCUCAGCUGUCGGUGGAGAUAUCAAAAUGUUGUCAACUAAACAAUUGUUCAUCGAGAAAUUUUGCACAUUUUAUCUGUUGACAACCUUUUGAUAGCUCUACAGGCAGCUGAGAUACACUGAGUAUCGGUCGUUUUUUGUACUGUCCAACUGAAAAAUCAAAAUUUCUGUUUCACUAAACUGAUAAUACCGGAUUGUCUGGAAUUUCAUAUUCUUAGUAGUCGAUAUACACUUUGAAAGCGGAACUUUCGUUUUAAAUUCAAAAUGUGACAUCCGGACGUCUCAAAACGACGAGAUUUCAAAACCAGACCUCCACUCGAAACCCUUCCAUUUUCAGGCGGCGGCCGGCGAAUGCGACCUGACUCUGUUCGAAAUGUACGGCGGCGGGUUCGGUCCCUCGUGGAUCCUCGGCGAUCCGUUCAUCCGCCAGUUCUGCAACAUCCAUGACGUGAAGAACCGGCGGCUCGGCAUCGCCGCCUCGAAACAACCGGAAGACGUCACUUUGUGA